AUGGAAUUUAUACCAAGCGAAACUGUUUUACGAGAUUAUGAAAAAGCUUUCGAAAUGGCACAAAAGAAGAAGAGACAAAUCAAGACAGAUAUUCACAAUAAGCUUUUACAGGCUAUACAAGCGACCGAGAAUGUUGGUUCAAGUAUUCAAAGCGAUAGUAAUAAAUCAUUGAAGGAACUAGAAGAGGAAUAUCAUAAAAUAUAUUUGAGCAAGAUUAACUUAUCCGAGAAAUUGGGGUUUACGAAUCAACUUUAUCGUUUGACAUUCGGACAACUUCAACAAGAAAGUGAAACUAAAUCUUUCAUCAAAAAUUAUGAAGAAGCAUGGGUAAGGGAUAUGCAAAAUUUGGAUGAGGAAUUUCUAAAUACUCCAUAUACGAUUCAAAAGAUGUCAACCGUGUGGACAGAUGAAAGUUAUGAAUCUGAUAAAAUUCUUGCGAAAUGGUAUUGGCAAUUGAAAGCGUAUUUAAGAGACCUUCCUGCUAAACAAAAUUUGACAACUUCUGAAAUUUUGCUCGUUGAUGUUAUUGCUUAUGAUAUCACUUAUUCUUCUGGGAAGGGGUUAUGUUUCAGCACGCGACGUACUGGCCAUAUCGUACAAGUUCGUGUGACCAGUGAAGACUCCGAUCCUCAUUUUAAAAUCAUUUUCGACUUUCCUCUCGUUAAAUCUAUUGAUAAAUUUCAUAAAGAAUUUUCAUUGUUAUCGGGUCUCAGCCUCGACUUUACUAAUUUUAUAAAGAAUGUAAUUUGGACGGAGAUGGAUGAAUUAUUUGAACAAAGCGACUAA